CAUUAUUAUAAUUACAAAUUUGCACUUUCCUUCCACCGCAGGGCGCAGCACACUCUUCUCAGAUUUUGCCUCUUUUCUUUAUCCUCUCUUCAAAGCUUUUUCCUUUCACAUUCUCUUUUUCUCUCUAGCCUAUCAUUUAUUCCCCAUGUGAAAAGCUGCUUGAUUCUAUUUUCCCUUUCCUGGAGAUCUAAAGAAACCGUUGCAUUUUACAGAGGAAAUUGAUCUGAGAUAAGCUUGCUCAGUAUUUGUGAAAUCUACAGGGUCUCAGCAAGGGGCUUCAUGUUCUGUUAUAGCUAUGUUUUGGUGGAAUUUGAAUACCUCAGGAUUUUAGAUGCAGAGAAAAACAACUUACAUUGUGAGAAGGUUCUUGCUUUAAGCGAAAAACGAAUUAUUACCUGUUGAUUUUUGUGUUUCUGUUAUCAAGGUUGUUCCGUCUGGAGUAUGUAUUUUAUGUGUGUAAAAGUUGGAUUUUUUGGCUCUGUGAUAUUUUAGCAUUUGAAGAUCAUUAACCUGAAGGGUAGGUUUUAUAAUAUAUACUGUGUGGACUGGGAGAACUUAUAUGGAUAAGGAUAAGUCUUCAAGCCAUACAGUAGGUUCAUUGCCUCCAUUCGGGAGAUACUCAUUGUUUUCACCUCCUGGGGGUAGUUCCAAUGCAAAGUUGGAACAAUCUGGAUUAGCUAAUUUACCUCCCUUGGGACCUGGAAAUGCUUCAGAAUCAGGUCAUUUUGGUCAUGGUUUGUCGGCUGAUUCUAGCCGAUUCAGUCAUGAUAUAAGCCGAAUGCCUGAUAACCCGCCUAAGAAAUUUGGUCAUCGGCGUGCCCACUCGGAGAUUCUUACUCUUCCUGAUGAUAUUAGCUUUGAUAGUGAUCUUGGUGUUGUUGGUGGACUGGAUGGACCGUCUCUGUCGGAUGAGACUGAGGAGGACUUCCUCUCAAUGUACCUUGACAUGGAUAAGUUUAAUUCUUCAUCUGUGUCUUCUGAUUUUCAAGUGGGCGAGUCUUCUUCUUCGGCAGCUGCAGCUUCAGGUUCAUUGCAAAUUCCAGCAAUGGUUUCAGCAGCCUCAGGGUCAGAUAAUUUCGGCCCCACUGUUAGCGCCAAGCCAAGGGUUAGACAUCAGCAUAGCCAGUCCAUGGAUGGUUCAACUACAAUCAAGCCGGAGAUGCUUAUGUCAGGUGUAGAUGAGGCAUCUCCACUUGAAACUAAGAAAGCUACGUCUGCAGCGAAGCUUGCUGAACUCGCUCUUGUUGAUCCAAAACGUGCCAAGCGGAUUUGGGCCAACAGGCAGUCAGCUGCAAGAUCAAAGGAAAGGAAAAUGAGGUAUAUAGCAGAGCUUGAGAGAAAAGUGCAGACUUUGCAAACAGAAACAACUACUUUGUCUGCUCAGUUGACCCUAUUGCAGAGGGAUACAAAUGGUCUGACUGCUGAAAACAGUGAACUUAAACUGCGUUUACAAACAAUGGAACAACAGGUGCAUUUGCAAGAUGCAUUGAAUGACGCUCUAAAGGAGGAGAUACAGCAUCUGAAAGUGCUAACUGGACAAGGCAUUGCAAAUGGCGGACCAAUGAUGAACUUCCCAGCAUCCUUCGGAGGCAAUCAGCAAUUUUACUCUAACAACCAUGCGAUGCAUACGUUGUUGGCUGCACAACAGCUUCAGCAGCUCCAGAUACAUUCUCAUAAGCAACAACACCAGUUUCAGCAACAUCAGCUCCACCAGUUUCAGCAGCAGCAACAGUUGCAACACCAGCAACAACUGCAAGAACAACUGCACCAAGCAGGAGAUAUGAAUUCGAGAAGUUCACUGUCAUCUCCUCAAAAUGACAAUGCUUCUGAUACUAGUGCUAUAUCAAAGGAUUGAAAAACACACAGGCAUUGUUGGCCGGAGAGUAUAGAGUUGGUCUAUUUUUUCAGAAUCAUCAUGUGUUUUCAUCUAGCUCAAAGUCUAUGUUUCAAAAGCAUCAUGUGUUUUUCAUAUAGCUCAGCUUAUUACUCUUAAUUAGGUUGGUUAGCUUCAUCUGCAUUUUAGUACUAUAUUGUAGGGUCAUUGACUUUUUAGUUGAAAAUUGUGCAAGUCCCAUUCUAUGGCAAGUCAUUGUGCUCGACAUGAUUUUCUUCAUAUAUUACCAAAAUUCUUUGUGGUGGUCUUUUUUAAGACAUCAAGUAAUUUACA